AUCCUGCCUUCGAAUCCCCGCAGCAGGUCAUGUGAGGCUGCGUGACACGCGAGGAUGGCGCGCGAGCGGCUGUCCUGGCAUUUUGGCUGAAAUCCGAUGGCGCUGAGAUGUUUGGGGGGCAUUGUUUUGGGGAAGGUGUGCGGUGGGGGAUGGGCACAGACUAAUGGUACCAACAAAAAGUUUAACCACUUCACCGACCUCACUGACAUGGCUGAACGCUCAUGCUGGCAGAUGUUCCGGAGUCAGAUCUGGCUAAUUUAAAAACCUGAUUUCCGGGAUCUCUUUAAUCUGUUAACCGAAAGGCUCCUAUUUGUGCAUUUAGUUUGAAGAUACCACUUUGAGCGUGAUUGAUGUUGUUGUGGCGACGGCGAGUAACGUUAGUUCAAUCAUUUUCUUAUUGGCGGAGUCUAGCUGACCCCCCCUGCUGUCAGCACUGGUUCAGUCUGGCUCGCCCCCAGUUCGUGCAUUUGUCCCGGGAUGACCUGUUGAUGUCUGUGAAAUGAGAUAAGGUGGGGUAUCCGAACUAGCGCGCAAAUCGCCAUGGAACAUUAACUUUGAAAUUCCGUUGACUGAAAAGUAUGCACUUGGGUAUUUAAGGAUGCUAACAACCGCCUGCUCAAUCAGUCGUUAGAGAUUGUUGAGUGUUGCCGUUGUAAUUGAGUGGGGUGGAGAACCGGGCGAACCCUCAUUUCAGCGGUGCCGCGCACGAGACGGAUCCGUCUAGGCCCGAGGAUGUAGGCACGCUCGCUCUCGGUGCGGUGCAUUGGCAAAGACGGGACAAGAGCGGCAAACUUGCUCGUUUCGCGCGGCCCUCUGUGCGUCGCGGCGUCCCCCCCACUGCGUUAUUGCUCGCUCCCUCGCAUGUAGGUGCUGCAUUUCUCACAGAGUGGCUCAUAGUGGGCGCUUUUGCCAUCGUUCUUCACCCCCCUUCACGGCCCGUGCCAGUGGAGAACUCCGGACGGACGGGCAGAUUGACUGACACACGGUUAGCCUGCCGCCGACACAGCCUCAUAACACUGCUGUACUGGCAGGGCUGGCGGCCAAAGAUUUCUGUGGUGGUGCUGGCCAUAGCGCCAUGGCUCAGACCCUUCAGAUGGCGAUCCCAAACUUCGGCAACAAUGUCCUGGAGUGUUUGAACGAGCAGCGGCUACAGGGCCUGUACUGCGACGUGUCUGUGGUGGUGAAAGGACACACCUUUAAAGCUCACCGCGCCGUGCUGGCAGCCAGCAGCUCCUACUUCCGUGACCUUUUCAACAGCAGCGCGGGCAGCAAAACCCCUACGGUGGUGGAGUUGCCCCCGGCCGUACAGCCGCAGAGCUUUCAGCAGAUCCUGGCUUUCUGCUACACCGGCCGCCUCAGCAUGAACGUCGGAGACCAGUUUCUACUCAUGUACACGGCUGGCUUUCUCCAGAUCCAGCAGAUCAUGGAGAAGGGCACAGAGUUCUUCUUGAAGGUCAGCUCGCCCAGCUGCGACUCACAGGGCCUCCAUACCGAAGAAACUCCUCCAUCGGAGCCUCAGAGUCCCGUCACCCAGACAGCGGCUGGGGCCUCGGCAAAUGGAGGCGGCGCAGCCAGUCGGCCCACUUCCUGCUUGACCCCGUUGCCCCUGGUGUCUCGGGUGAAGACAGAGCAACCGGAGGCUUCGCCCUAUUCUGUGGUGUGCGCGCCGGUGGCCAAGCGGCUCUGGGAAGGAAGCAAUCGGGAAGGCGGCGGAGGCUCGGGCACAGCCGGAGGAGGAGGGAUGAGGAAGGCGGCCCGCUUUUCCCAAGAGAUGGCACGUGGAAGCGCCAUCCAGCAGCAAAGUAGCAUGGGACUUGGUAUGGGUCUAGGAAUGGGUCAGGGGGGUCACAGUGGCGGCGGCAGCACCAAUGGCAACGGCACGAGCAGUGCCACUCCUGAAGGCACCAGCCCCGGUACAUUGAGUGCCUAUGCCAGCGAUUCCCCCAUCUCUUACCAUGACGAUGAGGAAGAGGAAGAGGCGGUGGAUGAUGGCACUGAAGAGCAGUACAGGCAGAUCUGCAACAUGUACACCAUGUACAGCAUGUUAAACGUGGGAGCUACAGCUGGGGAGCGUGUGGAGGCCCUCCCGGACCACUCAGAGACGCGGCCUAGGAUGCGCGGCCGACAGGAUCUCGCCUCUCUCCCUGCCGAGCUCAUCGCUCAGAUCGGCAACCGCUGUCAUCCCAAACUUUACGAGGAAGGUGACCCUGCAGAGAAACUGGAGCUAGUUUCAGGCACCAGUGUGUACAUUUCACGAGCUCAGCUGAUGAACUGUCACGUCAGUGCAGGGACCAGGCACAAAGUCCUUCUGAGGAGGCUGCUGGCUGCUUUCUUCGAUAGGAGCACUCUGGCCAACAGUUGUGGAACAGGCAUCCGUUCCUCCACCAAUGACCCCAGCCGUAAGCCGCUGGACAGCCGAGUGUUGCACGCUGUCAAGUUUUACUGCCAGAACUUCGCCACCAGCUUUAAAGAGAGCGAGAUGAACGCCAUUGCGGCGGACAUGUGCACUAACGCUCGGCGCGUGGUGAGGAAGAGCUGGAUCCCCAAGCUGAAGCUACUGAUGGCGGAGGGCGACGCCUAUGCUAAUUUCCUUCCUGACAGCAUCAAGAUGGAAGCGGACGGCCUCAGCGGCGAGCCUACCUUUGAGACCGCAAGCCUGGAGGGCGGCGCUUCGGUGGAGACCGGAGGAUCCUCGGGCGAGUCUCUGCAGGGUGUGGGCGGAGACAACGGCACUUUGUUUCAGUGAGCGACCUGGCGAGGAAAGCCCUGCCCCAUCCCCUCUGCCGCCCCACCUCCUUACUGCCUCCCACCCCGCUGCGUGACUCUGGGCUCUGCUGCUUUUGCCUGGGAUGGGAAAGGGAGAGUCGGGUAGGAGAUUGGAGGAGAUAGCACGGUCUAGUGUCGGGAGGAACACGGGGGGGUUAUACCAGGGGCGCUAUUUUCUUUUCAAUCAUUUUUGUUUUUGCUGAAUAACCCUCUUUUGCACAGAAGAUCCCCUUUGCCUCCAUGCUCGGCAAGUAAAUCUAGUCACCGAUGCUAUAGGAAUACAUAAUUAGGACCAGGAAAAGUUAUUGCGACUGGAGGCCCGAUGUUCCCUGAUCUCACUCUACUGAAUUUGAAUGUAUUAGUUUGUAGCUACCUGGCUAUGCCAGACUAGCCGAUUGUAUUUGGCCCAGGAGAGAGACAGGAAAAAUGCUCGUCAUAAGAUCUAAAGGAACAGCAGAUGGAGAAAGUAGUGAGGGAGGAGAGGAGAAGUAGGUGGCAUAUUCUGUCUCUCGCUCUGUCUAAAAUGGAAAGAAUCUGAUAUCCUCCUCUCCUUCCAUUCCUCCCAAAAUAUAUGUGGGAUCUUAGUCUGCCACGUUCUUUGUUUUUUAUGUCGCCGUUUUCUCCUUUCUCCUUCUACUUGUUCCACUGUGUGUGAUUUAUAUGAAUUCAGAGUUGAUCAAAGAUGAUUAAGGACUGUAAAGGAUAAAAAAUAUAUUUAUCUGCUCACACCUUUUGAGCUUGAGAGAGAGGGAUUGUUUUAAAAUCUCUAUUUUUGUUUUUUAUUUUCCCCUCAAGAGACACCUUGUUAUUGGGCUUUAAAUGGAAAUAGUGAGAAUAAUGAGGAAUAUUUUUGCAUAAGGAUUAUCUUACAUUUCAAAGAAUGGUGCUUGGCUUGUAUCUGGAUUACCAUCGUUCCUGUAGCAGAAUUCGUUUGGCCGUUUUGACCAAUUAAUACGGUAAUCUCAACCCCACUGACUUUCAGUGUUUGCACAACAACAGUUGAAGCAUUCUUUAAAAUAUCUUCUUUUGUGUUACAUACAGUUUAAGAACAACAUGAGGGUGAGUAAAUGAUGACAGAAUUGGAUAAACUAUCCCCUGAAGAGAAAAGAAAAAUUGUGUAGGACAUCAAAACGAAGUGUUUUUAGCUUGUAAACCUUUUAGCUUUCUUCCCCCAUUGUCGCACACAAACAUGCUUUUACAGCCCAGGGGGAAAGGAGGUUGUGCUUCUUAUUGUUAGUCACUUUACUGUCUUAAGGUUUGGGCCUGACUUUGUGUGUGUUUGGGAGUGGAGGAGGGUUUACAUUGCCUGUGUCCCAGGAGAGGAGGAGCAGAAUGAUUAAGUCUCUCCAUGUUGCCCAUGUCCCUGUUUGGGCAGCUGUGUGUGCAUGUGUGCGUGCGUGUGUGUCUGUGCUCGCUUAGGCAAGCAUGUGUGUGUCCACACAAGUCACCAUCUGUAUACAUUCCUUGCACAUAGUUGGCACUGUGUAUUUGCAUGUGGGUGAUGUGUUGAUUCUGGGAUUUAGGGUGUUUGUUUCUGUGUUUAUGCAUCGGAGGCUUCACGUACGGAUGCUUCUUCGGCUGUCUGAAGGUUUGCCGUAACCCGUGAACUUUUGCAUAAUCCAGAUUUCCAUCAGGAUUUGAAUGGGAUUGCAUGUGAUGUCUUAAUGUGCACUCAGGCAUGGGUUUUAUAUGCACAUGCUGCACAAAAACAGAAAUACGAUACUUAAGGCGAUUUUAAUAUUUCAUGCCCGAAUUGGUAGGCCGCGCGUGUUUGUGUAAGUGAUGUUUUUUUUGUGCAUCUGAUCUCCUGGGACACAUACAGUAGACACCGCCCCCUUUCUGAAGAAAUGGAACUCUUUGCACCUUUUCGUAGACUGAACUAGAGCCUUUUGCACCUUUUUGUAGAGGAGAGUGGUGGAUUGUGCACCUUUUUUUGUAGAGCGUAAAUCGAUGGUUUUUGGACUAAACUUCGUGGAUGUGUAUGUGUCGGUAUCUGGCCCAUAACAGGAUGCACCCCUGUGUCUGCGGCUAACCAUGUUGAAUACUGAUGUAAAUAUCGAAGAGACUGUUGAACAGAUUUUGACCAGGUUUUUAACAGGUCGUUGGUCUUUUUAAUGGAAGGCUUACAUUAGGUCUUUCACCCCUCAUGUUUUAGCUAAUUUUCUUUUAACUUUUAUUUGCAUAACCAAGUCUGGCUUACCUGCUGUUUGUAUAUCUGGAAAUUGUAGUUUUCUUGUUUUGGUUUCAGGCUUUAGAGUCGUAGCAAAUAAAGUGAACUCCUGGCAAGUUUACGUCUUAAGUGCAGUCUGGUUCUGGUCUGACCGGUGACCUAUUUCUUUUUUUUUCUUUCUUUUGGACCAGAAGACAAUAAUGCCUCUAGUGUAGAAAUGUAUAACAUCCUGCGAAAUCAACAUCUGGGAAUGUGCAUGCAUUCAUUUCAUUCGGUUUCAUUUCUCCAUUCUUUUAGCAGACCACGUGUACUGUAUUUACUUUUCAACUACUACUAAUUCAAGGUGAAGAGUUGACUUGCCAAGUUUUUUAAGGAUACAAUAUAGAGUUGUUUGACUGAUGAUAGAGUACUGAGUAUUUUUUUUUUCAUUUCUUUUUAUCGACUAAAGUGCUGGGAGGGUGGGGGCACGGUGAGGGAUGAACUGGUGCUAUGUGUGCUAUUCUUUAGAUGUUAAAGGCCUGCUGGGUCACUGGUGCCUUUUCAGGAGGACUGCGGGAGACGGACUGCGUGUGUAUCUGGGUAGGGCAUGGAGUGGCGGCGCUCCUCUCUCUCCUCUCGCCGGCUAUGACUGUGCCAGUGUUUAUGCGUCCUCCAUUUUGAUGGCACAGAUCACAUAUGCUGCAUGCGUCGCUGGAGAGGAACCGCUGUGUCCAUGCGCCACCUGCUGUCUGUGUGUUGUUACUGCGGCUUGAAUUUACUACUUGGUCAACACCAGGGGGUGUCAUAACUGAGAAAGAUGACUUUUAGUGGCCACAAAAGAUGGCUUUUCUCCUUCUGGGAAGUUGAAGGUGACCUGUGUAAUUUUUUUCAAUGUUAAAAUGCUCAAAGUAAGCCAUUCGAUGGUUGAUUUUUCCCGAAAGGUGUAACACUGUGGCCCUAUCAAAAAGUUGCUCUGUUUGUUUGAGCAUCACAACCAGCCCGAAAGAGGCUGAAAUCAUUGUUUUUGUGAAUUAGUUUCAAGUUACACAUUUCACCUUUUAAAGGAUUAUUUUUAUUUAGGAAAAACGUAUGUCUCGCCUGGUGUGAGAGGUUUCUUAAGGCAAGUAUAUAGAGGGAAUGAAGGGACCAGUGUUAAUCAAAAAAAGGCCAGGAUGUCCAUAUCACGUUGCCUGUCUAUCUGCUCUCUGUGCCCGAAUAAAGCACCUUUUUCUGGGGUUCGCGUUCAUAGACGUGCUCCUCGGCACCUUGCAAUUCAGUCUGACUGUGUCACGGAGCACAGAGCAGUUAGAUGGCAGACGCCUGUGAAGGUGGAGAAAGAGCGUGAGAGUUUAACUGCCCAUCAGUCUUGUCAUUCUUCCUUGUAACACAGUUUGUUGGAGUACUGUGCAUUGUAGAUCAUUGUGAAUUUGUAACCUGGUGGAUCGCUGACAGCUUGCAAGAGAGAGUAUGGAGUGGUGUAUUAAAAAUUGAACUCUUUUAUAAAUAGUGACUGUCUCUCCUCUCUGCAAAGGCAGAAACCGGACCCGUCUGUUUUGAAGCAACGGACUCGCUGCAUUUUGCAGGUUUUCCUUUAGCUUGCAGUUUUAUUUUGUCAGUCUAAGCCUAUUUACCCAGAAUGCAGCAUUGCUAUUCCACUCGAAAUAACAGACAUACCACAAAAAGAUACUCACCUCUUUCUAUGCGUGUUGCGUUCUCUUCCAGCACACCCCAACACUCUGCUUUCAGUCUUUUCCCUGAAAUGAGAUGGAUUAUAACCCAACUUUGCAAAUGUUUUGGUAAAGUAACGUGUGACAGCUCGACAAAUUGAUGUCCGGACAUGGUAUCACGAAUUACAGAGAAAUACAGACAGGAUGGGUGAUGACAUCAGCACGCUUGAACACUCAAAACAACAAACAGGUUGUGAACUUUUUUUUACGAUGCAGUGUCUCACUUUCUAUGACUACAUCCCUAUACAAAUCUAUAUACUGUAUAUUACAUAGAAGCACUAAUGAAGUUUGAUUGUUAGUCGUGCACUCUCAGCAUGAGUUGUAACCCAUACCCAGCUGUGCUCAUGCACUGACCCUGUAACGCCAGUGCUCAUCCACUCCAUUCUGUCUGUGUUCAAAGUGCCAAUAACUUUGUGAAUCCCUAACUGUGACCCAAUAUUAUCAAAAGUAAUUGCACAUUAACUACUGUAAAAAAUGAGUAAGAGAAAAGUCAAAGGAUACAGCUGAAUAUCUUAAUAAAAGUUUGUAACAAAGA